GUUUGAAGGUCAGCUCAUAUUGGACAACCCCAUAGUUAUAAAACAUGUCUGCAUCUCAGCUAGCCAAGCCUCAGCUGAGAGGCUUGCUGAAGUCCCGAGUGAAGAGGGACUUUGGUAUUGCCUUUGCCUUCUCAGCAGUGUGUACGGUUGCCUACAAGUUCUUGGUGAAUGAACCCAGGAAAGCAAAAUAUGCAGAGUUCUAUAAGACCUAUGAUGCCCAGGCAGAUUUCGAGAGGAUGAAGAAAGAGGGUGUUUUCCAGUCAGUAACACCAGACGGCAAAGUAGGAGAAUGGUAGACAUCUAGCUAUAAUUUG